ACCAGCAGUGACUGGCGGAACAGUCUCAGUUGGAGAAAGCAGCUUGUCAGUGGGAGGUAACCUACACGAUGCCCCCUCCUGAACUUAUCAAUUCAUCGUCCGUCCGUGCUGCGCCCGGCGUUUUAUUUUGGUACGAAAAUGCUGAGCGCACUGAGGCACUGUAAAGCGCACCGAUGGAUACAGCCUGCUUGCGCGUCUUGGAACGGGUUAUUUUGUGAAGCAGCCUAAAACACACGGCAGUCCACAAGAGAGAGAGGGGAAGCCUGGACUUGGACAACCACCCAUUUGUGGAUAAUAACCCUAAAAUAAAAAAUAAUAAUUAAAAAAAAGCAAAAAAAAAACCAAAAAACCCUUACCCCGGUGUGUGUCACAUCAAUGGAGAGGCGAGGGUCGAAUAUCCGAAAUAUACAGCGGGGGCGCAGAAGUGAUGACAGCCUUUGAUGAACCAUAACUCCCGUCCAGACAAGUUUUUGCGGAGGCAGCGGAAGAAGGGCUGUUCUUCGUCAGCGGAGAUCUUCCAGACCUUGGCAUUUCUCUGUAAAUAAGUCCAGCAUUUUGGUGGAUUGAAAGUUAAUAUGUGGAUGAUUAAAACCCCUUGGAUCUUGACUGAGCUGGCAGUGGGCCAAAAUCCUCUUUUAAGAGAGUGAAAGACCAGUCAAUGAAUUAUGAAUGUUAAACAAGAUGACCUCCUCUCAGCAGCAGCAGAUGAUGCGAGGUCCUAGGUGGAACCGGGCCUUGUCCGACCCUUUGUUUGUUCUGCUCCUGGCCCUCCAGCUGCUGGUGGUGGCAGGACUGGUUCGCGCUCAGACGUGUCCCUCUGUCUGUUCGUGCAGUAACCAGUUCAGCAAAGUCAUCUGCACGCGCAGAGGCCUGCGGGAUGUUCCUGAUGGCAUCUCUACCAACACACGCUACCUGAAUCUGCAAGAAAAUCUCAUUCAAGUCAUAAAAGUGGACAGCUUCAAACACCUAAGACAUCUAGAGAUUCUACAGCUUAGCAAAAACCACAUACGCAAAAUUGAGCUUGGGGCCUUCAAUGGACUGGCCAGCCUCAAUACCUUGGAGCUAUUUGAUAACCGCCUCACCACCAUCCCAAAUGGGGCUUUUGAGUACUUGUCCAAACUAAAGGAGCUUUGGCUAAGGAAUAACCCCAUAGAGAGCAUUCCCUCCUAUGCUUUCAACAGAGUGCCCUCAUUACGAAGGCUGGACCUUGGGGAGCUCAAACGGCUCAACUACAUAUCUGAGGGGGCCUUUGAAGGGCUGAGCAAUCUGCGCUACUUAAAUCUGGGAAUGUGCAAUCUGAAGGAAAUUCCCAAUCUUAUUCCCCUAGUGAAGCUGGAUGAACUGGAAAUGUCAGGAAAUCAGCUAUCUGUCAUCCGGCCUGGUUCAUUUAAAGGCCUUAUACACUUACAAAAGCUGUGGAUGAUGCAUGCCCAGAUCCAGACCAUAGAAAGGAAUGCUUUUGAUGACCUGCAAUCACUUGUGGAACUCAAUCUGGCCCACAAUAACCUUACCCUCUUGCCCCAUGAUCUCUUCACUCCUCUACAUCACCUGGAGAGGGUGCACUUACACCACAACCCUUGGAAUUGUAACUGUGACAUCCUCUGGCUAAGCUGGUGGCUUAAGGAGAUGGUACCCGCAAACACCAGCUGCUGUGCCCGCUGCAGUUCACCUCCUCACCAUAAGGGACGCUACAUUGGUGAGCUGGACCAGAAUUACUUUCACUGUUAUGCUCCUGUUAUUGUGGAGCCUCCCACAGACCUAAAUGUAACAGAGGGAAGUGCUGCAGAGUUGAAAUGCAGAGCCAGCUCUUUAACCUCAGUGAGCUGGAUUACACCCAAUGGUUCCAUCAUGACACACGGUGCAUACAAGGUCAGAAUCUCUGUGCUGAAUGAUGGCACACUGAACUUUACCAACGUUACCAUGCAGGACACAGGUACAUAUACGUGCAUGGUGAGUAAUUCUGCAGGUAACACAACAGCAUCUGCCACACUCAAUGUUUCCUCUACGGAAAGCAGUUUCAGCUACUUUACUACAGUGACAGUGGAGACAAUAGAAACCCCGCAUAAUGAAGGCUUCACCACUACUGUCCAGCAGAAGGUUGGUCCCACACCCUCUGCUGGUACAUGGGAGUCUAUCUCACCAACCUCUACAACAACCACCACCGUCCGAACCGCACUCUCCACACGUGCCACAGAGAAGACUUAUACGAUUCCCAUCACAGAGGUGGGUGGUGAGGGAUUGCAGAAUGGCUUGGAUGAGGUAAUGAAGACAACCAAGAUCAUCAUUGGCUGUUUUGUUGCAAUCACACUCAUGGCAGCUGUCAUGCUUAUUAUCUUCUAUAAGAUGCGCAAACAACACCACCAGCAGAAUCACCAUGCACCCACACGCACUAUUGAGAUCAUCAAUGUGGACGAGGAUUGUGUAACAGGAGGCCCAGGCAUGGAGGGCCACCUUACUCUGCCUCCUCUUGAGCAUGAGCACCUCAACCACUAUAACACCUAUAAGACUGCAUACAACCAUGCCUCCACAAUCAAUUCUAUACACAGCUCAGCGCACGAACCUUUGUUAAUCCGGGCCAGCUCAAAAGACAAUGUACAAGAGACCCAAAUCUAAUACUUUUGUGAGACAUUUUAAAACUGAUGAAAUUACUUACAGGCAUUAUUGACAGAACAUUACUGACCUUUGGUUGCGAGGACUGCGGCUGACGCUCGGAAUAACAGACUUGUGUUUGGCAAAUCAGCGACUAGCAAUGUUAAUUCAGUGACUUUGGGAAUUAGAGUAUGUCUACUGUUUCAAAAAGUGUCUUUACAAAACAGAAGUUAUUUAUUUAAGAAAAAAAUGUUGUGGUUAAAUCAAGAAAACUGUAUUCUGCAAUUAUUUUUUCAACACUUAAUUCAUGUGGGUUUUUUUCUUCUUUUUUCCUCGCAUAUCACAAAAUUGGUUUACUAAUAUACUUUCAACUUCUUUCAAAGAGGUGUCAAAAAACAUGAAACAAAGUAUUGUUCCUUUAUUGUUCUUUUUUUGGUAUAGCUGCCGAUUUUCGAUCAGAUGACACGGUAACCUCAUUUUCCCCAUUUAUCAAAGAAUCCUAGAGCACAUUAGUGAUUUUCUCAGCUGUGGAUUAAUUGAUGAAAUCUUUUGUGACCAUCUCUAACUGAGAUGGAUUAAACACUUGUUCAUCAUUUUGGAGUGAGUGACAGAACUGUCAGUGAUGGAAUCUGAUCAUUAUUCACCGUUUAAUUAUCUGUCACAUACAUUAGGCACUCUGCGCUGUCAUCAAUAGGCUGAGGACCUGAAAAGAGGGAAAUGCAUCCAUUUCUGCUACUGUAAAAGUUGAAGCUCACUACUAGAAGGACAGUUUUGUUAAAUUAAAUACUGUUGAUCUAUAUGUCUUUGUGUUUCUAUUGUAUAUGUAAAAUUUAAAAUGAUCCCUGAUCUCAAAUUUGUCUUGACAAAUCUCAUUAUUAUACAAAGCAUAUAAUAAAUUGCAUUAAGAACCAUUGAAAUUCUGAAGGUCAUGCAACAGAAGCAGCAUUAACACGUACUUUAGAAAGAACAUAAUUAUGACUGGAGAGGAUGGGAAUAAUGCCUGUGCAGAUGUACAUGACCUCAAAUUCUGGCAAAAAGCCCACUGCCUCAGAAUAUUUCCAGUGUAUCAUGGCUUCACCUUUACCUUGCAGUGCUGUGUAGUGUUGCAUAUGAAGAUGAUUGCUUUGAAGCCCCAUUUUCAUGCUGGGACCCCUUACCUCAUCUGCAGUACUGCAGGAGUGCUGUCAGAAGUAGACUGAUGAGCGGAAGAAAGAGCUUAAACCCUUUAUACAGCUGUCUGAGCACAUUGCCUGUCAUCUUUGUGCCAUAUUUCCACAUGGGCAGUGCCUGGCAGUCCCAGAUUCACACCCUGCUCCCGCCAACCACAGAACUUGUCCCUGAGUGGCAAGGCUUAGCUGCAAGAGGCUUAUGGGGUGAAUGUGUGGGAUCGGGCAUCAACCAGAUGUUUGGGUUGCACCUGACUCUCUCCCACGUUGUUAGUGACAACACAAUUUACAUUUUAAUUGAUGUGCCCGUGGGCUUUGGAUGGGCACAGCUCUGCUGCCAUCCAUACCCUGGAAAGGAUUUCAAAGUCCCAAAUGUUAUGAAUGGUGCCAAGCACCAUAAAUGCAGUGGUUAUGCAGACAUUUGAGAUGACACCAGGUUUAUUUUUAGCAAGUUGACUGUGGUUUUUAUUCAACAGAAAGAUAUGCAAAAAAGUUAGGCCACUCUAAUUCUUAAUUCAGUUUGGGUUUUUUUGUGUUUUUUGUUUUUUACACUUGCAGUAAUGCAAUCCAGAAAGGAAUGCCUCUAUUACAGAUGAUGUCGUGUGCUUUCUGUGGAUUCACCAUGCAUAUCAUUUAAGUAAAAGCUGGCACUCCACUCAGAAUUUGAAACAUUUGUCCUCUAUUAGUUCAAAACAUGUCUGGAAAAAAAAUAUGAAAACAGUCCACCGCUGUGGUCACUCUUAGAUUAUUGAUGGUUACACUGGAUUUAAAUGGUGGCAAUAGGUGUUUUAAGUUCUGAAAGCUAUUCAGAAUAAUGAUUUAAGAAGUGAAAGAUUUUCUGUGGGCUUUUCUUCAAAAUCAUUUACAUAUUUUACAGAAAAUAUAGCAAAAAACAAUGAGUUUUCCUCUCAUUUUUUGUGAGCAACACUGUCAAGAUAACAAGCAGCAAUGUCUAUAGGUCUGCAUGUUACACCAGCUGUUUCACAAAAACACGGGCUACCACAGGUUAAAAAACAAACAAACAAACAAACAAAAAAACCCACUUUCUACUAUACAAGCUUGUAUACUAUACAAGCCUCAUUUAAAACUUCCAGAAAGCCAAGCAAAAUCAACCAGUUUUUUACAGAAGUUUUAAAAGAAUUCACUCUCAUUCAAGCGGUUAUGUGUCACUAUGAAUAAAGGCAAAUUAACAAAAUGGCUUUAAAUGGACAUAAGUGCGAACCUUUUACAGCCAAUACAGAUUUUAGCUUAAAUUAAAAAAUGAAUAAAAUGCUGCACCCCUUAGCUUAAUGCAUAGAGUAUGGAGAUUAAAUGAGAUACAGUGUUAGUUUGCCUCAGAACAAUAUGAUCUAUGCUUGAUUCACACAAAGCUUUUAUUACCUGGGGUACCUGAUAUAUGUAUUACAGUUGCACAUAUUCUAUAUUUUAAUUAAUUCAUAAUCUGUAGUGUUAAAAAAAAUCCCACACACGCACCUCAGCACUCCACACACACACACACACACCCUAUGAUGCAGAGUAUAUUUAAGAAUAUUAAUUAUAUUAAAGUAAUUUUAUUUUCACAGCUUUUUUUCUCUGCCAGAUACAGAAUUAUGAUGGUUUAAGAUGAGCACCAUUUGAGAUGCAAGUGGUUAUUGUAUCUACUUAAUAUGAAGGCUUACCGUGUGUUUCAAGGUGUUUUGUUAACCAAGACAGUUCUGAUGUGCUGUGUACAACACAGAUGUGGGGAAUACUGUAGAUUUCUAAAUAAAAUGAGGUCACUGGGUAUUUUAGUCCAGACUUAAUGAAUGAUUCCCCUUUAUUUUUUUCCAACAACUGGACAGGAUUCACCCCAUAAUUGCCCUUAUGUGGAGACUGGCACAGUUGUAAACCAUAUUGUGCGUGUGUGUGUGUGUGUGUCAUUCUCUGUUUCAGUUCAUACUGGCAGGCAGGGGAUCACGAUUCUCCGCAGUUUAUGUUGAGAGUGUAACCAUCUUUCCCUUCUGCCUUUAGUUGGAGGUAAACUGUCUGAAAAUUUCAAUGGUAACUUUGUUGCAUUUUAGUCAAGCUGUCUCAUGUGUGUAAGAUAUCUAAAAUAUUUUUGUCAAUAUUCCUUUUUUUCACAUCCUUUUCUUUUUCUGAGAAGGAAUGCUGUUCUAGUGGUAGAUUUAUAUAAAAUACAUUUUGAGAAUAAAAUAUAACAAAAACAAAAAUUUUUAAAUUUUGAUUUUACAUGU